CAGAGUCACGUAUAUUUCAUGGAAAGCUUAAUUUCAUGAACGCAAAUGUACAAAAAAAUUGCCGCCUCCAAAUUUCUAUCGUGUGGAAUGUUCUUGAAGAUAACUCCCCUUUAAAUUUCAUCACUCACGUCUUUUUCUCUCUAUUUCUUUGUGUGAUAAACAACUCAUUAGAGUUUAACUCCAGAAAUCAAGUGGGUUAUCUUCCUUCAACUCUUAAAUUUCAAUUGACAGAAAGAAUGGAAGAAGAAAGACAAUCUGGAGUGAUUAGCAAGUGGUUAGGAGGCUUAAUCAGCACCAUGAGAAGACUCCUGUUUACCUUCAUGUCAUCAGGUCCAAUCCCACAACACAUUGCAUUCAUCAUGGACGGAAACAGAAGGUUUGCCAAGAAGUGGAAGCUGGACGAGGGCGCAGGCCACAAAGCCGGUUUCCUAUCCCUUUUGUCGGUUCUAAAAUACUGCUACGAGGUGGGAGUGAAGUAUGUAACCGUGUAUGCAUUCAGUCUUGAUAACUUCAACCGACGCCCGGAUGAAGUCCAAUACGUUAUGGAUAUAAUGUAUGAAAAGAUUCAAGGGUUUUUGAAAGAAUUGGAUAUGGUAAACAGAUACGGCGUUAGAGUGCUGUUUAUUGGUGAUCUGAAUCGACUGGAUGAGCCGGUUCGACUUGCUGCUGAGAAGGCAAUGGAAGCCACUGCUAAAAACACCAAGACUUAUCUUUUGGUAUGCGUGGCAUAUACUUCGUCACAUGAGAUCCCGCGAGCUAUCUAUGAAGCUUGUCAGGAGAAGAGUUUGGCACUUGCAUCAAGUGGAAAGAACGACGAUGGGAUUGUUAAUGAUGAUGAUGAUGAUGUGAUAAAAGUGGUGGAUUUGGAGAAGCAUAUGUAUAUGGGGGUGGCUCCUGAUCCUGAUAUACUGGUGAGGAGCUCAGGUGAGACCAGACUUAGCAACUUUUUGUUGUGGCAAUCAACCAACAGUUUAUUGUAUUCUCCGAAAGCUUUGUGGCCUGAGAUGGGAUUUUGGCAAGUGGUAUGGGGGAUCUUGAAAUACCAGAACAAGUGUUACUAUUUGGAGAAGAAGAAGAAGCAGGCUUGAUUGAUUUAUGGAACAUACAUCUAAUUAAUUACUACUACUAAAUUAGCUAUAUAAAGUUUAAGGUGUAUCAAAUGUCUAAAAGGCAUUUAAGAAUAAAAUAUGCUUCUUGUUCUCAUUACUAUGACUUUAUUUUAUCUAAUUAUGACAAAAAUGCAGUUUCUAUUUCUUAAAAAAA